CUCAGAUUCAUCCGCCGGCGUAUUUCCCCUCAGGACAACGGUCAUCGCGAAGCUUCAGACGAGGACCUGCUCGUUUUAUUAAUUACCAUUCUGCUAAAAGUAGUUAAUUUGUCUCCAUAUUUUCAAAAGGAAUAAAACUAAUUUUGUAUAAAAAUAAAUCAAACGGUUAAAUUUUGAUGUUACAUCGAGAGGGAGUGAUUAGGAUGGCUCCGAUGGAAACCGUUGCACCUCUCUAUGAUCAUGGACUCUGAGAACAAUGUCCUGUCGAAGGAAUACUUCAAGAUGAUGACGGAUAUGAUCGUGCUGUGCAUCACCCUGGCGCUGUCGCUGUCCUUCUGGAUCGUCUCGGUCACCAUGAGCGCCGUGUCCGGGAACCUGCAGCCGGUGUCACCAUGGCGAUGGUUGUUCUCCAUCUUGGUUCCCCUCAUGCUGACGAGCCGAGCGCUGAAGAGACGCAGCCUGGACCGGUCCGGAGCGCUGGGCGCUCUCCUGGUGGGCUUCGUGCUGACGAUGGCCAACCUGAGCUUCUUCUCCGCCCUGCUGGCAUUCUUCUUCACCUCCAGCCGGCUCACCCGGUGGGGCGCCGAGAAGAAGAAGAAGAUAGACGCCGAGUAUAAAGAAGGCGGUCAGAGGAACUGGGUCCAGGUUUUCUGUAACGGCGGCGUUCCUACUGAGCUGGCGCUGCUCUACAUGAUCGAGGUCGGCCCUGGAGAGAUUCCGAUCGACUUCGGGAAGCAGUACUCGGCCUCCUGGAUGUGCCUGUCGCUGCUGGGCGCGCUCGCCUGCAGCGCCGGCGACACCUGGGCGUCGGAGGUGGGGCCGGUCCUCAGCCAAUCACAGCCCAGACUCAUAACCACCUGGAAGGAAGUCCCAGCAGGAACUAACGGAGGCGUGACUCCGGUGGGACUGGCGGCCAGCUUCCUGGGCGGGGCCACGGUGGGCGUGGCCUACUUUGUGACGCAGCUCCUGGUGGUGGGUGACCUGCAGCUGGCCGACCCGCAGUGGCCCGUGGUUCUGUACGGCGGCGUGGCGGGGCUGCUGGGCUCCAUGCUGGACUCUCUGCUGGGCGCUCACAUGCAGUACUCAGGCUUCGACUCCAGCAUCGGGAAGGUGGUGAGCUACGAGUCGGCCACCACCAGGCGGAUCUGCGGGAAGCCCAUCAUGGACAACAACGCCGUGAACCUGUUCUCCUCGGUGCUGGUGGCGCUCUUCCUGCCGGGCCUGGCCUGGGGCCUGUGGCCCCGGUAGGCCGAGGAUACGGACUGUGCGUUUCUGAUCAUGAGGAUUAGCAUCAUCGUUUGGUAAAUUCAUUCCUACAACCUGCAGAGAAACGAUUCAAUCAUUGACGUCACAAAACGAGUUAAAAUCACUGAGUUUAAUAAACUACUGAUCAUUCUUUGUAAAUCUGCUCCGACUCUCUGAUUAAAUCUUUCACAGCUUUC